GGAUGUCUCUCUCUCUCUCUCUCUCUCUCUCCCCGUAAUGUACGCGUCACCUCGGAUUUUAUUCAACAUAAACACGCUUCUAUUUAUUUUCUCGCCUUCUUGUGAGCGCACACGCGUGUAAAAGAUCAUGACGGAGCCUAGCAAGCAAGACAUUUGUGCCAUUUUCAAGCGACUUCGCUCCGUUCCCACGAAUAAGGUUUGUUUUGACUGCUCAGCUAAAAAUCCCAGCUGGGCCAGCAUCACCUACGGCGUGUUCCUAUGUAUAGACUGCUCUGGAACCCACAGGUCUCUCGGGGUGCACUUGUCCUUCAUCAGGUCCACGGAGCUGGAUUUUAACUGGUCAUGGUACCAGCUGAGGUGCAUGCAAGUGGGAGGCAACGCCAGCGCGGUGUCGUUCUUCAACCAGCACGGCUGCACGGCCGGCGCCGCCAACGCCAAAUACAACAGCCGGGCGGCUCAGCUGCUCAGAGAGAAGAUCAAGAAGCAAGCCACGCACGCCACCAAAAUCCACGGCACCGAGCUGUGGCUGGACAGUCAGGGUUCUGCGCCGUGCGCGUCACCGCAGGAGAAGCACGUGGAUUUCUUCAGUCUCCAUUCUCAGGAGGUUCCGGAAAAUAUGGCCAAAAUGAGCCUCAGCUCUGUCGCAUCGGAGACGCCACGGAACGAGGAAGAAGAGGACGGCCCCAGUGUGGACAUGCUGAGUGCUUCCCCGAAGGCCAAUCCAGAACCUUUAUCUCUCCUCAAGAAGAAGUCAGGCGCCGGCAAGAGAACGACGGCCGCCAAGAGAGGCGGUCUGGGGGCGCAGAAGGUGAGCAGUCAGAGCUUCAGCGAGCUGGAGAAGAAAGCGCAGGCUGCCGACAAGCUCCGGGAGAAGGAAGACUACGUCGUGGGCGAUAAGAAAAACGACGCUGAACCCGUGGAGUCCGUUGCGCCGUCCAUGCGUCUGGCCUACAAAGACCUGGAGGAGCAGAGGAAAAAAGACGAGCAGAAGCUGAAGAGUCUGGACGGGAAGAAGCGGGAGCAAGCGGAGCGGCUGGGAAUGGGACUCGCCGUUAGGAGCGGCGUGUCUCACUCGGUGACGUCCGACAUGCACAUCAUCCAGCAGGAGCGCCCCCUGGCGGCCAGGAUGAGCAAACCGCGUUUGACCGACGAGGACGACGAGGACGAGGGCAGCUUCAGCACAGGGAUCCUGUCCCGUUACGAGCAAAGCGACUCCUCAGACCUUCUGUCCUCCAGAUGGAGCAAGAAAGCCGAUCUGGACUUCUUCUUGACGCCCACCAUCACCUCAGUGGAUGAAAGGCCCGCCUCGCGCAGGAAAGCCGAAGCGGGACCGCUCGCGGGCACGGGAGAAGCUCGCAGGAAGUUCGGCGAGGACGUCAAAGCCAUCUCGUCCGACAUGUACUUCGGGAAGCAAGAUGGCAGAGAGCAUGAAGCCAAAUCGCGCCUGGAGAGAUUCGCCGGGAGUUCUGCUAUAAGUUCGGCCGACUUGUUUGAUGAGCAGAAGAAGCAGACGGCCAGCUCGUACCGCCUGACCAACGUGCUGCCCAGCGCUCCCGACAUGGCGCAGCUGAAAAUCGGGGUGCGCAACGUCGCCGGGAAGCUGUCGGUGAUGGCCAGCGGCGUCGUCAACACCAUCCAGGACCGCUACAACUCCUGAAGGAACGAAUCACGACUAUGAGCUCAUCACAACGUGAAAGUGUACACACUUUUUGUACUCGGAGCGACACGCAAUGGAAUGACACCGUCAAUUGCGCCGUUACAAAGAUAAUGGUGUCAUCUUUCACUUUUUUUGAAAAGGCUGCAUUUUGUGGUUAAGCUCCGCUCUCAUCAUGUAAAUAUGAGAGGCAUUAUGAAGGUUAUUAUUAUGAUGAAUACGUCUUUUGUAUGGCCCAAGUGCUCUUAAGUAUAUUGGGUGGCCUCGUCAGUUCAUCUCAAGCUCAUUCUAGUUGUGCGUUAUUAACACAUCAGUCGUAAUAUUUGUGCAGUUUUUUUUUUGUUUUUUUUUUGCGUUUGCAGCCCUGUAUGCCUUCUUCUUUGCCAGCUUUGCUUUGCUGAGCGUAAAUGCUAAUAUGCCAAGAUAUCAGAUGGAUACAAGGGGUAUAUUUUUUGGGGGGGAAAAUGCACAGGAAAUAUCAUAAAUAAAUGGUAAUAAAAGCUCCGAAGUGCUCGACUGGAACUGCACUACAAAGUGGGAAGUGUUUGUUUUCUUCUUCUGAUUAGUCACUUGAAAGAUCAUCGUAGGGGAUUUGCUGUUCUUUUUCUGUUUGUUAGCUUUUCAAGGCCAUUUUGUCGCUUCGAGGCGUUGCACAUCUUUAAUUUGGGCGUUUAUACAGGCUGACAGUGCCACUCUUUUGUUGAUUUAUUUUCAAUAUUAGCGCUACUUAUGUUAUUUUCUAGAGCUUGGAUGUACUGUAAAACGUGUAAUAGUUAGCAGUGUUAAUGCUGGGAGUUGAAUCUACCAAAUAUUUGUUUACGUCAUUCCAAAAUGCCUUCCUCCAAAAAAUAUUGUUGAUUAUGCUGCGUUACCGUGGAGCGAUAUAGUUACAUUAUAGUUACUUUUUUUUUCUUUCUUUCUUGAAUUUUGGACCAAAUUGGCAGCUUAUGCCCGAAUGCACUUUAAAGUUGUGUUAAACUGAAUUUAAUUCUGACGUGUACAAGUAUAUCAAUAUGGGAAUAGCUGUCAUAUGAACUGCUAAAUAAAUAUAACUAAAAAGGAAUAUCUAAGAGUUUGUACACGCUAGUGGCAAUCACAUUGCUGACAAAUAAAAAUGUUUGCUGUUGUUUA